GUGACUGCCAAUAACCCCAGAUUCUCACCCCAUGGCACUCGUGGCGUGUUGCAGGGGUUGUAGCUGGCCGCUGUUCAGCCAGCAAGCUCUAUACAAUGAAUGUAUAUAUGCUUCCUGAUGAGACACUUUGAGAUCAGUAUCGAGACACUCAUCUCCUGUCUCCGACCUAUCUCUACGUCUCAUUUCGAACUACACACAUUAUGGACAGCAAGCAAGACGCCGACGUUAUCCAUCGUGAAGAUGUCGCUGUACCGUUCCAACCGGAGGAGGACCAACGGCCCUGGUACAAGCAGCCCGAGCUUCGGAAGCUGUACCUGAUGAUGCCAUUCUUAUUUCUGGGCUCGACGACGCUGGGCUACGAUGGUAGUCUUCUCAACGGUCUUCAAACAAUGCCAGCAUGGCAAGCAUAUUUCCAUCAUCCUACUGGUUCACGACUCGGCCUUCUCGGAGCCUUCCCAGGGUUUGGAGGAUUCGCCGUCCUGCUCUUCACACCAUACAUCGCCGAUAUUCUGGGUCGGCGGAUGGGUACUGCGAUUGGAUGUGUUCUCGUCAUCGUCGGCUCGAUCAUUCAAGCUCUUCCACAAGCCAGCAAUCCGGACGCAAUGUUCCUUGCAGGUCGAUUCAUCAUGGGAAUGGGGAGUAACAUCUCGAACGCCACUUGCCCACUCCUGAUCACCGAGGUCUCUCAUCCAAGACAUAGAGGUCGCGUAACGACCAUCUACAACACACUUUGGUAUCUGGGCUCCAUUCUCGCGGCCUGGACCACUUACGGGACCCUCACACACAUUGCCUCUGACUUGACCUGGCGACUGCCCAUCGGCCUCCAAUGUGCCAUGCCAGGCAUCCAGCUGGUUUUCGUCUAUUUGCUGCCUGAAAGCCCGCGCUGGUUGAUCAGCAAAGACAAGCACGAGGCUGCGAAGAAGGUGCUGACAAAGUACCACGGCAACGGCGAGUACAACGACUUUGUCAACUGGGAGUUCAAUGAGAUCAGUCAGACUUUGAAGGUGGAGAAGGCCGCCAGUGCCACCAGUGGAUGGUAUGAGCUUGUCAGGACCCCUGGCAACAGGAAGAGAUGUUUACUCAUCAUCUUGACCGCGAUCUUCAGUCAGUGCUCGGGCAAUGGCCUAGUGAGCUACUAUCUCGCGGCAGUCCUGCAGACUAUUGGCAUCACUGACGGCUCUAACCAAGCAUUGAUUAAUGGCGGGCUGACAAUUUGGUGCUUCCUCGUCUCUCUCGGCUGCGCCUUCCUCGUCGACCGAAUCGGCCGUCGCACGCUCUUCCUCAGUGCAGGUAUCGGCAUGCUCAUCGCAUUCACUAUCUGGACAGCCUGCAGCGCCGUAUACGCACAGACUGGUAACUCAAGUGCUGGCUCUGCUGUCUUGGCUAUGAUCUUCCUCUUCUAUGGCGCCGCAGGGAUAGCUUGGCCUGGUCUGACAGUAUCGUAUACCGUUGAGAUCCUGCCUUUCAAUAUCCGCGCAAAGGGACUAACGCUUUGUUUUGUGUUUACGUCACUGUCCGGUGUUUUCAACCAGUAUGUGAACCCGAUCGGUAUCCAAUCGCUUGGCUGGAAGUUCUACCUCGUGUACGUUGUGGUUCUUGUACUCGAGUGUCUGGCAAUUUACUUCCUCUACGUGGAGACCAGAGGUCCGACUCUAGAAGAAAUUGCUAUCCUUUUCGAUGGCGAAAACGCCAAUGUGGCAGGCACGAACGUUGUUCUCGGUACAGAUGGAGAGCUGAAGCCUGCGAAAGGGGGCGACUGCUGAAGAGUCGCGCACUCCGCUUUGACUCACUCGAUCAAUGUUGAAUAGUAUUUGGACAUGUUCCGGUUGCCAAGCGUGUCAAACGUGUGCUGGACCUUUACCGGAGACAUCGUCAAUAAUCACGCAGAGAUGCACGGUCUGUUUGCGGAGAUUUUUCACCUUGACCUUAUAUUACUGGACAGGAGAGAGAACGCAGUCAGAUCUGGAGUCAGAUCCUGCUUGAUAUAGAAGUCGCGCAACAGGCAGUCGGGUCGAAUCUGCUGAUCUGAGCCCUUGUGUUGUGUUGAUGUAUAGAGCCUCACAUUGUGUUGACAA